GAAAUUGAAGAAGAAAAGGAGAAAGCUGUGUUCCGUUGAAACAAACUUAGCUGUUUUAAUGAAGGAAUAGAAGGGAAGUUACAACAAAUGUUGGUACCAUUUUCUCUUACGACAACGCAUUUGCAGAAGAAUCCAAGAAGACGAUGCCUCUGUUAGCCGCUGGGAGUGAACAGAAGAAACAGAAACAGAAUGAGCCACCGAGGAGACAACGACGGCAAUCACACCACGAUGAACCUGCAGAAAUUAGCUCCGUUUUCUCUAUCUUCUUCACAAGCCAACGAGCGCAUUUUCUAGAAAUUCCAUUUCAAACCGCUCUCUCAAUAUUCCUCCGCCCGCUUCUGGUUUUCAUUUCUGACUGAAAAUUCGAGUUCCGCUUGCAGGUUAGAGUCGAAUCGAGUGAGUUAUGGGCUGUUGCCUAUCUUCCUUACUUCAACUGAAAAAACCUUCUGCCGAUGACGAUGGCCGUGGCCAUGCCCAUGCCCAUCCCCAUGCCCAUGCCCAUCCCCAUCCCCAUGCCAAUAAUUCUAUUCACCAGAACCACCACCAUCAGAAUGAAGUAGAAGCCGCCCCGCAGACGGGUGAUUGCGCGCCCUCGUUCCUUGAGUUUUCCUUCGCCGACCUCAAGGCGGCGACUAACAACUUCAGCUCCGAUCAUAUUGUAUCGGAAAUCUGCGAUAAAGCUCCUAAUGUCGUUUACAGGGGGCGUCUCCAGACAGAGAAUAACCUAGGGUGUAUUGCUGUUAAAAAAUUCAGCAAAGCUGCGUGGCCGGACGCCAAACAGUUUGCCGCGGAAGCCUAUGGUGUGGGGAAAUUGAGAAACAAAAGACUCGCCAAUUUAAUCGGGUUUUGCUGCGAGGGCGACGAAAGGCUGCUUGUUGCGGAAUACAUGCCCAAUUGCACCCUUGCAAAGCACUUAUUCCACUGGGAGAAACAAACCAUUGAGUGGGCAAUGCGUUUAAGAGUUGCUCUAUACAUUGCUGAAGCACUAGAAUAUUGCAGUCAAGCAGCACGUCCAUUAUACCACGACUUGAAUGCAGACAGAGUUCUAUUUGACGAGGACGGCGAUCCUCGGCUAUCGUGUUUCGGGUUGAUGAAAAACAGCAUGGAUGGGAAGAGCUACAGCACUAAUCUUGCCUAUACACCUCCAGAGUAUCUAAAAGAUGGAACUGUAAUUCCUGAAAGCGUUAUCUAUAGCUUUGGGACUAUCCUGUUAGAUCUUCUUAGUGGAAAGCAUGUCCCUCCAAAUCAAGCACUUGAUAUGAUAGGGGGUAAACACAUUAGUCUGUUGAUGGACUCACAUUUGGAGGGGAAGUUUUCAACUGAAGAGGCGACUUUAGUGUUUGAGCUUGCUUCACAGUGCUUGCAAUAUGAGCCAAUGGAUCGACCAAGUAUUAAAGAACUUGUUGCAGCACUCGUCCCCCUCCAAAACAAGUCUGAUAUUCCAUCAUAUGAAAUGCUGGGCAUCCCAAAACAAGAGCGAAUACCGUUGGUGUCGCAACAGCCUCUAUCUCAAAUGGGUGAUGCUUGUGCUCGAGUGGACCUUACAGCCAUUCAUCAGCUUUUGCUACUGUCACACUAUAAAGACGAUGAUGGAUCCUACGAACUUUCCUUCCAAGAAUGGACGCAACAGAUAAGAGACAUGUUGGAGGCACGCAAGCGAGGUGACAUCGCAUUUCGAGAUAAAGAUUUUGAAGGCGCAAUAGAUGGCUAUACCACGUUCAUUGAUGUGGGCAAUGUACUUUCUCCAACAGUCUACGCACGUAGAAGUAUUUGUCAUCUGCUGUGUGAUCAGCCAGACUUUGCACUUAGAGAUGCUAUGCAAGCACAAUUGAUUCACCCUGAGUGGCACGUUGCAUUUUACUUGCAGGCUGUUGCCCUUGUUAAGCUUGGAAUGCCAAAGGAUGCGGCUGACAUGCUGAAUGAAGCAUGCACAUUAGAGAAGAGAAGGCAUAGAGGCAGAGCGUAUUGAAUAUUCAACUCUCUCAAGUUCUUAGGUCUAUUUUUUUUUUUAAAUAUCUAUAACUCCUUUUCUACUUCCAUCUUCUUCUUCUUCUUCUUCUUCUUCUUCUUCUUCUAAGUUGUAACAAAACAGUUGGGGAUGAUAUCAGGCAAAACGGCAUACCAUGGGAUCUGUAAGUUAUCAAUUAAGUAGUAUGCAAUUUUGUGAAA